AUGCCCGCUCAGACAGAAGCAGCAUCAAACGGCAAUACUGCUGGAUCUGGGUCUGGACCUGUCUCUGCCUCUGCAGCGCAACCAGCAUCAUCUUCAACAAAUACUUCUGCACCGGAGAAGAAAGAAGCAAUUGUGCCCAGGGAUGUUCGUUUACUCCACUUGAUCUUUGCAACGCAGGGUAUUCAAAACUACCAGGACCAUGUUCCACUCCAGCUAAUGGACUUUGCACAUCGGUAUACAAGAGGGGUAUUAAAGGAUGCACUAGUAUAUAAUGAGCAUGCGAAACCAGCAGGUGCAUCAUCUUCAUCAAGUGCGGCAAAUUCUACAACAGUGAAUACAGAUGACAUAAGGCUUGCCAUUGCUGCACGAAGUAACUACCAGUUUAAACCAGUGCCGCCAAAGGAACUCAUGUUGGAAUUGGCGCAAGAGAGAAACUCUCGACCAUUGCCUCCGGUUAUACCAAAAUGGGGGUUGAACUUACCACCGGAAAAGUAUUGCCUCACAGCAAAGGAUUGGGACAGUAUAUAUGAUGAACCAGUGCAAGGAGGAGAUGGCACGGGAGGCAAAGAAGGAGGACUGCUGAAGAAGAAAUUAAAGACUAGAUGA